AUGGAGAGGAGGUUGGCGAUCUUCGAGCUGACUCCCAAGGCCGCAGCAGAGGGUUCGAGGAUGUCGAGCGUGCUACUCUCCCUCAAAGCCGAUGCCCAGAGGGCGAAGAGUGCAGUGGCGCACUUCCCCUCUGACCCCGAGGACCCUUGGAAGAUGAAGAUGCGCCCCGAGAAAGGGACUGAGCCAAAAAGGCUAUGUCUCAAAGCCCCUGCUCCCCGAGGUCCACAAAGUGAACCGUCUGCAUGCGCAGGCGUACUAGAAGAGGAAGGACGAGGCGAAGGCGACCGCCGCCAGGAAGAGAGAGAGAGAAAGGAGAACCACGAGAAGGUGUGUGCCAGAGCGAAGAGGGAGGGACUCUCACCACCGACCACGCCUGAGUCCACCGAGGAGGAAGACUCCUUGACCGGCGGGGUGGAUUUCUCGGAGUCUGAAGACUUCGAGGCGGUGACGGCCGAAAGCCCUCCGCCGGCCCCGCAACGGGCCGACGUCGAGGCCACGGCGCCAGCGCUGGGCGAGAGAAGGUUCGCGCUAGCGACGCUAGGCAAGGGGAGGCGUGCACCGGCGAUGCUGGAGAGGGUGCCCGCGUCGAGGACGGAUCGGAGGUCGCCCGCGCCGGCGGCGGGCAGGGGAUCCCCCACGGCAGCAGGCAGGGUGACGCCUGCGCCAGCGGCGGCGACGGGCGGGCGGACGUCUGCAUCCGCAACAUCAGCUGGUGGCAGGACGUCCGCGGCAAGCGCGGAGACCCUCAGGCAGACGGCCCCGAGGGUUCAAGUUGAUCGAGGGGCGAAGCCCUCGGGCCAGUCGUCGGGAAGCGGCAGCGCGCCGCGAGACCAGAGGAGCAGCACGGGCAAGCGUAGGCUGAGCUCCCUGUCAGACCACAGGGCCGCUACCCGGGAUGCCGUCUCGCUUGCGCCGAUCAUGGCCCUCAAGUCUGGGGUUGGUGCGAUGCUGCGUUCUGCGUCACAGCCCCCGACCGGAGGGUCCCAGACACUGGAGAUGGCAGCCGCGGCGCUCCAGGAGGCGAUGGCUCGAGGGGCCUAG